ACUUUUUAUGAUUGAAACGUGAAAACGUUUCUCAACACGUCAGAACAGUAUUUACUCUCCUCUUCUCUCCUUUUCUCUCUAGUAGUUGUGUCCUUUUUGAUAUUCGAUCUUUCUCAUUUGCUACAUUCCAUUUUCUUUUCCUGGUUCAUCCAGAAGAAAAAAAAAAAAAAUGAUGGCUUUUAUGUGUUCGGCACGGCCACCACCACAACUUAUAGUGCAACCAAAAGUAGGCGAAAGCUUAAGGGGUCUGAGAGGUUUGGCAAGUAGAAAUGGUGGUGGUGAAUUUCCACCAUUUCUUCCUCAGGAGGUUGAGAAUAUUAGAGACACAUAUGCCCGAAACCUAGCUCAGAGGAUUGUGAGGCUACCUGUUCAGAUUGGAUCCUCCGAGAGUUGUAUUAUGAGCAGUUGUGUGAAACCCCUCAUACAGAGUGAGAUCAAUCCUGUUGUCCUCCUCCAUUGCUUUGACAGUUCUUGUUUAGAAUGGAGGUGCGCUUACCCUUUGCUUGAAGAGGCUGGGUUGGAAGCUUGGGCUGUUGAUAUUCUUGGCUGGGGCUUCUCUGAUUUAGAAAUGCUUCCAUCGUGCAAUGUGGCAUCUAAGCGUGAUCACCUCUAUCAGUUCUGGAAGUCCUACAUCAAAAGGCCUAUGGUGUUAGUCGGGCCAAGCCUUGGUGCUGCUGUUGCAAUUGACUUUGCUAUGAGUUAUCCACAAGCUGUCAAAAAGAUGGUAUUGAUUAAUGCAAGUGUCUAUGCAGAAGGUACUGGAAACAUGGCAAAACUACCUAAAAUUAUAGCCUAUGCUGGGGUUUCUUUACUAAAAAGCAUGCCGUUACGCUUUUAUGCAAAUAUAUUGGCCUUCAAUGGGAUAUCCUUGGCUACAACAUUAGAUUGGACAAACGUGGGCCGCUUACACUCUCUGAUGCCUUGGUGGGAAGAUGCAACAGUUAGUUUUAUGAAAAGUGGGGGCUAUAAUGUCAAAGCGCAAAUAAAACAGGUGAAGCAGAAAGCACUUGUCAUCUGCGGUGAGCAUGAUCAGAUUGUCAGCUACAAACAAACAAUGAGACUAUAUUGUGAACUUCCAAAUUCGAUGAUGCGGCUAAUAUCGGACUGUGGCCAUCUUCCUCAUGUUGAGAAACCUAAUUCUGUUGCCAAGCUGAUUGCAGACUUUGCUUACUUUGACUGCUGCUAACCAGUGUUCUAAAAGGCGUAAGGCGUCGUAAGGUGGUAAGGUUAAGGCUUAAGCUUUACGAGCCUAGACGUUAAAAGGCGUUUCACAAUUAUAUUAUUAUUUUAAUUAUUAUAAGGCUACUAAAUAAAUAAACUAAUUUAUAUUUUAAAUGUCAAAAUAUAUGUAAUUCUAUAUUAUCUUUGUAUUUACAAUAAAUAUAAAUUAACAUGUAAUUGAUCAUAAUAGAUUUAUAUAAAUUUCUGUUUUCCAAG